AUGUUUCCUAAGAAAUAUGCUUCUGGUAGUGAAAAAAGAAAAAGAAAAAAACAGCAAGAAGAUUUUAUAAGCUCCCAAAGAGGUUCUUUAGAUAAGUUUUUUAAGAAAAGAGGUGUUUAUUCGGAUAAUCAAGGUGAAAAUGAGGUAACUGAAGGAGUUCAAGAUAUAGGUGAGAACGAAAAUGAGGUAGCGGAAAGAGUUGAAGAUAUAGGUGAAAAUGAAAAUGAGGUAGCCGAAGGAGUUGAAGAUAUAGGUGAACAUGAAAUUGAUCAAACAAAAAAUAUGGAAAAAACAAAUGUGCUUGAAAGUGAGAAUAUUGAAAUAAAUCGUGUGAGUGAACCUUUAGAAUGUACAAUGCCUUUGAAUAUAUAUGAUCUUAGAGUUUGGGAUAGUUUAGAUGGAAAAAUGAGAGAUCUGCUUGUUGAAAAAGGUCCUAUUAGAGAAACCAAUAUUGUUUUUCCUAAGGAUAAUCUAAAUAGGGGGUCCUCUUUGGAUUAUUUUUCUCAAAAGAUGAGUAAUGGUGAACUUUCCGAUAGAAAAUGGUUGGUUUACUCAAAAGAUUUGGAUAAAGUAUUUUGUUUUUGUUGUAAAGUUGUAAGAAAAGCUCAUUCUAGGAGUCAAUUAGCAAAUGAAGGAAUUAAUGAUUGGAAACAUUUGGGGGAUAAGCUUAAACAACAUGAAAAGAGUCGUGAACACCUCUCUAACCUUAGAGCUUGGAAUGAGCUACGAGUGAGAUUGAGCACAAAUCAAACAAUUGAUAAAGAAUUACAAGAGCAAUCAAGAAAGAUACAGAGCAUUGGAAAGAAGUCAUGGUUAGGGUAA